UAUCAAAAGUGGACGACUUGACCAACGAUGGUUGUUGGCUUGGCGAUGGAGUCCGCCAGCCGCAUCCACUGAUCCCACUGCCUUCCUGCGCACCGCCAUGAAAUAGUACGUUCAUACCUAUUUUUCUUUCCCCCUUUUGCCUAUUUCCCUUCCUCUUCCAUCUGGGUCUUGUUUUUCUCCAUAGAUUCCCCUUUGAUCCUCUGUUUUCACUUCUGUUUCCGUCUAAAAUGAAGGCCAAAUUGGUUUUCACUGCUCCUCCUCCAAUUUCUACUACUCGUAUCCCCAAUCUCUCGAAACCCACUUGCGUUUUAGCCUCCCAUGGUGGAAAGAAUCGUGGGUUUUUGCCUCUCAAUCUGAAAUCGCUCCAUGGAACCGCCCUUCGUUCUGUUCAAGCCUCUGCCGCGUCCGUUGGAUCAUCUCCAAAAGAAAGGGUGGACAUCAGCGACAACUUGACCCUAGAGGCAAUAAGACGCUCAUUAAUCUCUCAGGAGGACAGCAUUAUCUUUAGUCUUUUAGAGAGAGCUCAGUACUGCUAUAAUGGAGAUACAUAUGACCCCAAUGCUUUCUCCAUGGAUGGCUUUAGUGGCUCUUUGGUGGAGUACUUGGUCAAGGAAACUGAAAGGCUCCAUGCUCAGGUGGGAAGAUACAAGAGUCCUGAUGAGCAUCCUUUCUUCCCCGACGACUUACCCGCUCCGUUGUUGCCUCCGCUUCAGUACCCACAGGUACUACAUCCUGUGGCGGAUUCCAUCAAUAUAAAUAGCAAAGUAUGGAGAAUGUACUUCAAUUCUCUGAUACCAAGAUUAGUCGAGGAAGGAGAUGAUGGCAAUUAUGGAUCAACUGCUGUCUGUGAUACGAUGUGCUUGCAGGCUCUAUCAAAGCGAAUUCAUUAUGGAAAAUUUGUGGCAGAAGCAAAGUUUCAAGAGUCACCAGAUGAAUAUGGGGCUGCAAUUAGGAAACAGGACAAGGAGAAGUUGAUGGACAUGCUAACGUUUCCGAGCGUCGAGGAGGCGAUCAAAAGGAGAGUGGAAAUGAAAGCGAAAACAUUUGGGCAAGAGGUUCCUGUAAACAUAGAGGAAAAACAUGGUGCCCCAGUUUACAAAAUUAAACCCAGUUUGGUUGCUCAACUUUAUGGAGAAUGGAUCAUGCCAUUAACAAAGGACGUUGAAGUUCAGUACUUACUCAGAAGAUUGGACUGAUUUGCAAUCAUUCUUCAUGGUCAAUGCUCAUAGUAAGUUCCCACUUGUUCCAAUACAAUAAUCAGGUUGAGUUACAACGGUAAUGUCGAUCGUGUACCUGUUGAAACCGUUACCCA